UCAGUCACCUACAUAACCGAACUUCAAAAAUUAAUAUUUUCUUCCUAAAGCUAAACUACAGAAGAAGAUUCCAAGUCUCCAGGUCUAAACACAGACUUUUAAGCAUGCCAAAUGCCAAGUACCACGCGUUAGAAACCUGUUAGAAAGUAGGAUAAGUUGUUGAGCCACAUAACCCAUCAUUCAUUUGUCUCUAUCUUGAUUGAUUUCCCUACAAAAACCUAUACAUCUUUCCCCUUCUCCACCAAACUAAUCAAAACUUAAGUCAGUUAAGUGCUACAAGAUCACAGAAAUCCACAGGCAUUUCCAGCUUAUAUUUGAAUUUGAGAGCAUCCAAUUCCAAUGGCUUAUACAAAAAUGGAGAUGGGUCUGGUCCUAGUCUUGGUGACUAUGCUCUGGGCAGGAGCUUCGGCUCAAUCGAGUUGUACAAAUGUGAUCAUCAGUAUGUCACCAUGCCUUAACUACAUUACUGGCAACACCUCAACCCCAUCUUCAGGCUGCUGCUCACAGCUUGCUAGUGUAGUCCGCUCACAACCACAAUGCUUGUGCCAAGUCCUUAAUGGAGGUAGCUCAUCAUUGGGGAUCAACAUCAACCAAACUCAGACUCUAGCUUUGCCUGGUGCCUGUAAUGUUCAGACCCCACCUCUCAGUAGCUGUAAUGCAGCUGCUUCACCAUCCAACUCUCCUGCAGGAUCACCAACAUCUUCGGAUUCAGUUCCUUCAGGAAGUGGAUCUAAAACCGUGCCAUCAAUAGAAGGUAGUACAUCAGCUGGAAGUUCCAUCAAGUUGUCAAUUUCUCAUCUCUUCUUCCUUAUAUGUGCUGCAACAGUUGCUUCAACCUUCACAGCGUACUGAUCUUCUCAUUUGUAAACCUGCCUUUUGCAGCACCACAUUCCUACCUAUUCUUUAUUAAUGAUGAUUUCAUUUAUUAUAAGAGUUCCCUUAGGUUGUGGGGUUCAUGUAUAUUUAUUUUUUGUGGCCUCUUUCAGGGGUUGAUAUGGUUUUGUAUUACUGAGGAGACAUCUUGCUCUGUUCCCUUCUUAAUAAAGACGAUUUCUGGGUUA